AGAAUUAAUAUUGAAAGAACUUUUCUGUGAACGAUAUAAAGGUGUCUCCACGUAUGUUGGCAAAUUACGCGUUGUUAUUUGUUUGUACUUGUAUACGAUAUAAAGAUGUGACAUCAAUAUAUUUGACUUAUACUAUCACAUAGUUCGAAUUAAUAAUCUGUGUUCUACAAUGCCUCAAGAAUUCCACGUUCUGCGGUGUUAUUUUUGCCAAACAUUUCAGAUUCACAUUGUGAAGAAGAGCAGCAAGUGGGAAUGCAAAAUGUGUGGUAAGAAGCAGUCCAUAAAAAAGGUAUAUGGUAGAGGCAGUGGGAAAGACUGUCGUCUCCAUGUUCAGUGCCUAAAUGAGAUGCGCAUGAAACAAAAAGCACUAGGGGGCCAGAUAUCUCCAUUUCAGAAAGAAUCAUGUGAAUCUUAUGCUGUAGAGGAAAAAGUGAGAUAUAAUGCUGGUGGUGAAUCUCAUUUCUCAAACUCAAGCUGCAGCAAAUGGAAUAAAUUUUUUGAUGAACAAGGUCUGGAAGAAAUAGAUGAUGCAGUUACUUGUUCUUCUGUGAUUUCAGCAUCACAGUUAAUUACUGAAACACCAAGAAAUACGCAUAAAACUGUAACCAAAGAGGAAAGUGAAAUUGAAAAACAAACAUUUCAGUUACCUCUUUUAAAUUCAUCUGAGCAAGAGACUGCUUUUUAUGAUGGUAGCAAUAAACUGUUUCAUACUAACAUGGACACUGUCUCUUUCCAUUGGAAUAUGGAAAACUGUUUCCUGUCUCAUGAACAACGUGAGCCAGAUGAAUUGCAUAGAAAGGAGUAUGUUGGAAAUCCAUCCUUGGAAGAGCAGCAGGGAAACAACACAGACUCCACUGAUAGAAAUAAUGGAUUAGUGCAGCAGUUACACACAAACAGAAAUACAUACCCAGCACUACAACAUGUACCAAUGCACUGUAAUAAUGUAAAUAUUUCUACAAAAUCACAGAAAGUUCUCUAUCCCAAAUUUUCGCUUUUGGGAGACAGUGAAGAUGAUUUAGAUAACAUUCUUAGUUUUUGACUGUAAAGUGUAAAGUAGCAUGUGAACAGAAUUCAUUGGAUAAUAAACAUGUCAUUGUCAGUUUGAAGCAAAUGAUGUACUGUAGUUUUCAUGGAGGGGAGAUAAAAAUUACAGGAAUUGGUACAUUUUUGAUACUAACAAAACACAAAUUUUAAUCUAGUAUCAGGUAUUCAUAAAAAGUUAUGUAUUCAUAUCUAUAUACUUUUUUCUCUUUUUAAUUUUUCAUUAUCAUCACUAUAGUAAGAGUGCAAAAUGUUAAAAUAUGCUAACAAUAUUGUAGAAUUAUGUUACAAGAGAAAACUGGAGCUAAAACUUUAGGUUUGAAUCCCAGCACUAUAAGAAGUGAUUGUAGUAGAAUGUUAUUACUUUAGUGUUCUUGUGGCAUUAUGACUUAGUUAAAUGAAUUCUGUACAUGUUGAAGUACUUUAUGGUAGCACAAAAUGUAAAUGUUUAUAAAAUAUUUUUUCUGCUUGUAUAAUUAAAGUUGUAACAAAAUUCUGUACAUAUAUAAAGCUCUUUCUUUAAGGUGGCAUACAACAGUAUGUCAUACUGGCACCUUUUUCCAUAGAACACAAACGUAUAAAUAAAAUAACACAAGCAUAUAAAUAAAUUUGUUAAUAAAGUUAGGAAAUAACAGAGACUGAAAGAAGGACAGACAAUUUAAAUUCUGGAUACAAUGGUAAUACUUUAUGUUGAAGAUCGUGAAAAGUAUUCACUCUUGCUUUAUGCCAUAUGUUUAUGUAUAAAGGACCAAAAUAGAAAUGUUGCACCAAUUUAGGAUAUUUUCCAAAUGUGUUCUUUGUGAUUUAAUAUGCCUCACUGCCCUUCAUUGUUUAUGCAUGACUUGUGGUAUAAUUGGAAUUUUUUUUGCAUUACUAAAUGUAUGUUCUCACUGAUUUAAAGCUUCUAUAGGAUAUCUCCAUCAUAUAGCCUGAACUUCUUCCUUCAAAAGUCCUCUUUACCUUUUGAUUGCUGUAUUUUAUCACCAUUUAUUCGAUGUAAUAAUAUUUAAAUCUUGAAUGGAUACUAUACACAUACCAUUUUAACUGUCAUUGUUAUCUGAAUAAAACUUACGAUCAAACUCAAUCACUAUUUAACAUAA